GAAAAUUAAUUCACGCCGAAAAACUUCUACUAAUAAUAUUCCACUCCCACUCCCACUCCCACUCCCACCUCCAGCUUCUUUCUCUCUUCUCGAUACUCGCACAAGGACAUUCAUUGGUUUUGCGUGUGAAUAAUAAGAAUAAGAAGACAGGUCUCCUUUGAUACUUAUUCACUGCAGCUCUCUUCACGUCCACACAAGACGGGACAUCGAGUUACCUUACUUUUACCCUUGCCGUACCUUAAUCCGAUUUCGUGGAUUGCACCUACGUAACUACCUGUCUCUCUCCUGCCUCUCCUCCCACUACAACAGACACUCUCUACUUACCACCACCCCGCCAACGGAUUUCUAUCGGGCCAACUUUAAUCAAUCGUAGCUUUCAAUACUCCUUCUUAAUCGCAUAAUCAAUCUACUUCGACUUCUUACUUCUUGUCCGACGGGUCUACCCCUCUCAUUCCGUCAUACGGCUGUACCCAAAAGCUCAAUUCUGCAGUCUCAUCCCAAUAUUCACCAGCCUCAACCUCGUGCGGGGAAUGUCAAUUCAAUAAAUUAUAAUCACACAUGCCAUUUUCUUCGAGGUUCGUCGUGUGAAUUUUACCGGAAAGGUUUCUUGCCGAUACAGCUUCUGCUGUGCUGGACAGCUUCCAUCGCAUUCAUUCAAUUUCUCAACCUUGCCAAAUGGACCAAGAUUCAGUAGAGUCGUCGCCAGAACGUGCGGUCUCAUCAGAGCCUUGUUCGACCCAUCCACUUCCAUUUGAUGAUAGCGAACAACAUUCUGCAAGAAAGCGACAAAAGACUUCCAGAAGUGGCUCGAGAAGCAGGUCGGUCGACACAACUAAAGCUUUAGAUAUUCUACCCGAUUCGAUGUCGUCACAUAAAGAUGGUAUAGAUGUUCACCAUCACCCUCUCCCACCAAGUACUCCAACGCGCCCUACCACGGCGCAUUCUCAAGCUGGUCCAACAUCCAGUCAAGUCACAAUUAAUCUGCGAACUCCGCAACAUCGUUUAGAAUCGCCUUCCCCCGAAUCGCCUUCUCCUAUGAGUCCGUCAAAUAUGCAAAAUACAAUGGAAGACGAAGCUACCAGAAUAAGUAUCGAGUCCGAAAGUGAUGUUCUAUCAACUGUGCCAGCUUCAGUUGUUGAAACCCCCUCUUCCUCUCCUUCUGCGGCAGGACGAAGCCCAGAGGUUGAACUCGUUCCUAUCAGUUCUGAUGAUCCCGAGAGAAGUCCAACGCUUGCUAUCAUCAAUGAGGAGGAAGUAUUUCCCGAUCCUCUAAGUCAUUUCCCUUACCAACGUCGCGGAGAAAACCUACUCACGGCACUCAGGAGGGUUAUAAACAUUUUGCAGUAUGAGCCCAUUGACACAGAGGAUAUAUUUAUUCGACUUCGAAACUGGAUAGAUAACUUCCUGCGCUCCGCCAAUUCAGAUAGUCGUUUGCAUGGCGCAUUCACCAGAUAUAGAGAAUUUUGGUUUGCAUUCUCGGACAUGAUACUUGCAUUGCAUUUUCGAAGUGUUCGUUUUGGGCCAUUCAUGUACAGAAUGAAUCUACAAUCGAAAUCCCUAGCCCAGUUCCUGUACCGAUACGCCAAACUCACAGGGAGAUUCCUCGCAAUGGACGUCAAAACCUUAACAUAUGAUGCAGAUCAAGCGUCAGAGCUCGUAUCACCACAAUUUCUCCGCACUUAUGCUCAACUACAGAAGGUCGAUACAGAGUUAAGUCACAUUGGAAGAAGUAUGGAAGCAUGUUUUAAUUGGAAGUGGGAUGAAGAUACUGCUGAGUUUCAAACUUACUUUGAAGAGGGUGGCGGAUCAAUGAUUCUCCUAACCAAAUACGUCGAAGGCCAGUUGCGACUUAUCCCAAACUAUCCAAGAGUAUUUGAGAAUUGUACAGAUCCGACAAGAUUGGUAGAAAAAAUGAUUGCUACUGCUUCAGCUACGGCUAAGAGACAAGUCGCACCUGAUGUUCAUGAAGAUGCUAUGCGAAAGCUGGCCAUUGGAUACGAAUAUUUCAAUAUCAUGUCUUCAGCAUUGGAUUCCAUCAUCGAGAAAAAUAUUACUUUUCUGACUCCUGACGCUGCAGCUACACAUUUAAGCUGUCUCUCGUAUAUACUGUGGAUCUCAGCAUGCGCCAUCCCUCACAUAGCAAGCGUUCGAUUUGAAAACCAGAAAUUGAUUUGUCCUGACAUUUCAGAUGCACACCUUUCUAAGGUCGUUGCUAUCAACUGGAAGGUUUCGGUCCUUCAGAAGCUCAUCACAUCAAGUCAGAUGCAACUUCGGGUGAUCGGUGUAACAACUCUCUGUCUGGACCUUGUGAAUCUCUUUGGUACUCAUCGACCAAAAGAAGGAAAAGAAGCGAACUCCAGCAAUAUUGCAGUUCUAUCUUACUUUGCAAAGUUCUUAAUGCAACAUAAGCUAAUCGACUACAUCGUUGGUAUUGGGUCUCACCCAGAGAUCAUUAAUGAAAGUAACAAUAUUGUUGGCUUUUUAGUAGUAACCAAAACCUACCAAGAUGAGCAUACCGAUACUAUCUGGCAAACUGUUACGACGAGCCAGGACCCAAGGGUUGUGGAAGCCAUUCUAAAAUUGGUUAAGAAAAUUUUCAAUCUCUACGACUUUUCACAAUGCCUAUACAUCUGCCAGAAAGUUGCUGCCCUCCCAAUACAAGCGUUCACUGUUGUGAUGAGGGAUUUUUGCGAAAGCCUGUUCAGAGAACUUGCACACAAGUUGGGCCCUAGGGACCUCGACACUUCUCCUUAUGAAAUUUGCGUCCGUUUGAUUCGUGAGUCUUCGAUCACUAGCGAUGAUUGCCCAAACGGCUAUCCUGAGAUUCAGAACUUUGCAGCAAACAACCUGCGUGAAUUGCUGGUUCACGGACCCGGUCCAGAGGCACGCAAUGGUAUCUACUUGAGUUGUAUCAGAGACAUCUCCGAGCAAUCGACCACCGCUCCUGGCAGUAUAUGCGUCAUCAGUGCAUUACUUCAUCAAAGUUUGAUGCCAGAUCUUCAAGUAUUGACCACUCAGCAUGGCCUCACAAGAUUGAUGGUUGCUGAGCUUGAAUCUAAUAUAGCUGGACAUCGCUCACUUGCCUAUGACAGUCCUGCCAAUAUUGCUCGUCGCGAGAUCAUACUACAAAUCAUCUUGAUGGAUCCCGACACUAUCAACGCCGAGUUGGGCACACGACUUUGGAACCUGUUGGUGGGAUCUCAGUCAAAUGAUGCCGCCGAUCGACUAGCAGGCUGGCAAAUUUUGAACAAGGCUUUCCAUAAGGCGAAAUUUUCCAAUAGAUAUCUUGCCAUUUGCUUCCAGAGCUAUCUGCCAAAACUGGAACCCGCGUAUUUCUCGGAUGGCACUUUGCUAUUCGUGAAGAAUGGAGUUUAUUUCUGGCUAGAUGAAAAAGACAAGGAGUCUCAAGAAAACGAGGAUAUCAAGCUAGAUUUAUCGUUCGACUCUUUCGCCAUAGAGCAGUUGUGGCGAAUAAUCGAGAGCGCACCACAAGCAGCAGUCUAUGAAAUGGCCAUCCAAGAGCUUGUCGGUGUUUAUGUGGGCCCCUUCGUCCGAAGUCUACCUCUAAUCAAAGCACAUGAGCUACAUUCGGCAUUUCUGACACGAUGCUUGGACAAACUAGCAAACGCUGCACGUCAAUUAAAGACUUCUAGUACAGGUGAAACCAGUGGAGAUGACGAAGAUAUGGUCAUAGUGAUCCCGGAAUCUCAAAUCAAAGAGCAGGAAUUACUUUUCACUCGAUCACUUGCAGCUUUGCGGACAUUUCUCACGGCUUAUUCAAGCACCGCACACUUUGCCACACCAAAGUUGCACUCUACUAUCAAGAUACCGUCAGAUACCGCACAUGGCACUUCGCUUACAAUCUUUUAUCAAGCAUUUGGUGAGACCACAUCGUCUAUCAAGAAACUCACUAUAGGCGCGGAUGAGGAUGCUGCUACAUUAGUUGCAAAGUUGCAAAAGGAAACCGAUUUCACUUCUUGUAGAGUGUUUUACGGUGGAAAGGAGCUCAAACAUGAUGAAGCCGAAUUAUGUAAGUCUGUGCAAGAACUUAAUCUAAAUGGGCUUGUUCUUGUCAAGCGCCGUGAUGAGACAGAUCCUCUAUUGUUAAGCAACAAAGGUCCUUUGGAAUUGGAAAUUACAAGGAAUUUUAAUCAAAUUUGGAGUUAUCUUGGCAUGCAAGAGGAUUUGGCGGAAAAGAUAUACUCAUUCCUUAUUCAAUUUCCUGUCUAUGAAAGAAUUUUGCAGGAUCUUAGCAAUUCCACAGUUCCUUAUUCCGAGAUAUUUCCACUCGGACAACAAUACAAAGCUCUUUAUGGUCUGUAUGGAUUGAAGCAAUAUAUUUCCACUCAGUCUUCGAAGGGAUCUGCCAAUAAUGCUGUUUUUGAUCGAGCAAUGACUUUACUAGUAGCUGCGAUAUCAGAUCCAAAAUUCCUUGAUAGUGGUGCACCGCAAGCAAUUAGAGAAAAUCUAAGCAUGCAGUUCAUCAGCAGUUUCACGUCACUCCUUAGAGACCCUGCUCUACCUCCAUCAUCGACGGAUCGCAUUGAUAACAAGCUUUUGAACCGACUCCUGGACUUGUUAUAUACCGCCAAACUAGUAACCACUACAGAUACAUCGAUUCAUCUAAUAUGGACUUGUGCUGAGGCUUUAAUUGAGGUUGCCUCUCAGAAUUCUGCUUUGUGGGGCACAUUUGUCAGCCACCUAAAUGGCAGCACCCUCCUUCAAGACCUUCUCUUGGAGGACUUCCGCCCAUUCGUCAGGAAAGCCAUCUCAAAGCAAAUCGCUAGCAAAUGCACGUUCAACUCCAAUCCAGCUCAUGUUUCCCCCUCGGAAGUUUCCUACACAUUGUGGCCUAUAAUAACCAGAUUGAUUCCCAAGGCUAUUCAGAGACCUGAACAGUGUGAGGAUACUUUUUCACUUGCACUGACGAUAUUCAAAAGAUUGCUGGAAACACCAGUCGAUUUGGAUCUUAAUGCAAUUGCGCAGGAGUGGGGUGAUCUACUUCUAGCUCACGACAACUAUGAAGAUGUCGGGGUACCCGAAGCCGCUGAUAUGAUUACACGAGGCCUAGUCGACCUUUUGCAUCAUGCUGUAAUCACCAUGAAGCAAUCCGAACAAAAGCUAUGUUGCGAAACUCUAGGGGUCGAACUUUUCACGAGACAUUUAUUUCCUAAUAUUUCAACCGACGACGAUAUUGGAGGUGAUGGACUUAUUGCCCAAAAAAUCCCACUGAUAAAUACCAAAACACGGAGUACACUGUGCGAAACUAUAUUUGCUCUAGUCAAAGAUGAUGUCACUCGGUACAGAGAAGUAUUGCAAUUAUGUGCUGAGGUUGCACCUUAUGACAACGAACAAAUCAGCAACCCUUAUCUUCUUGAUAUGCCACCUGUAUUUGAAAGAUCGAAGGCUGUAAGAUCCCCGACCGGUUAUGUUGGUCUCAGAAAUCUUUCUAAUACGUGCUACCUCAACUCUCUGGUCACGCAACUCUUUAUGAACAUAUCAUUCAGAGAGUUCAUUCUUAACUUACAUAUUCCUGCCCCGGGGUCACAAAAGCUACUCUUUGAAACCCAACAAUUGUUUGCUUACAUGCAAAACAGUAUCUUACGAUAUGUUGAGCCAGCUAAUUUUGCAGCAUCCAUUACAACUUUCGAUGAACUUGAGAUUGACGUUCAUGUCCAAAUGGACGUUGAUGAAUUCUACAAUCUCAUCAUCGAUCGUUUCGAACGUGAGCCUUUGAAUGACGACGACAAACGUAAAGUUCGAUCAUUCUAUGGUGGCAAAUUAGUGCAGCAAAUCAAGUCCAAAGAGUGCCCCCAUAUCUCGGAGAGAUUAGAAGACUUCUCUGCUAUUCAAUGCGAUAUCAAGGGUAAAAAAUCUCUUGAAGAAAGUUUGCAAGCUUAUGUCGAAGGCGAGGCCAUGGAAGGGGACAACAAGUACAAAUGUGGGACUUGUGAUCGUCAUGUUAAUGCAGUGAAACGAGCGUGUCUCACUGACGUGCCGGAUAACUUGAUCUUUCAUUUAAAAAGGUUCGAUUUCAACCUUCGCACACUCGCACGUAAUAAGAUAAACGACUACUUCACUUUCCCGCCAUCAAUCGAUAUGCGACCUUACAAGGUUGAGUAUCUCAUGAACGAAUCGGGCGAGGUCGAAGAGGAUAUGUUUGAGCUUGUUGGCGUUCUUGUCCACUCUGGAACAGCAGAAUCCGGUCACUACUACUCCUACAUCCGAGAGCGACCACAAGUUGAUGGCAAAGUCAAUUGGAUGGAGUUCAAUGAUGACUCAGUCACGUCUUGGGAUCCUGUUUUUAUGGAGGGGUCCUGUUUUGGUGGUCUUGACUAUGGGACUGUUGACGAAAUUCCGUUCGAAAAGAACUAUAGUGCCUACAUGUUGUUCUACCAACGUCGCUCUACACUGGUCGCUGCAAACGAACAGUUGGUCAAGGAGAAUGAAACCCCAUCGAUUGCAGCUCUCGAAGCUCUACAGGUAGGCCGCACAACUAUGGAGAACAAGCCUGUAAUACGACAUCCAUUGAGGGUAGCUAUCAAGCCCCAGCAAGCGAAUCAGAUAACUCUGGAGAACGAGCUCUGGCUGCGUAAAUUCUGUCUCUACGACCCUGCACAUGUUAUCUUCAUUCGAAAUAUGUUUGAAAAUACUAGGCAUCUGAAUGAGGCUCUGAACAAUGGAAAAUGUUCGGAAUCGCACCAAGUUGAAAAUAAAGCCAUGUGGGUUGCGUUGUAUCAUUUGGACCAAGUCGUCGGGCGUAUGAAAGAUGUUCCAGAUAUCAGAACAUAUGCAAACGUCUUACGAGCACAAUGCCAAUAUUGCGGAGAGUGCGCCCGGGACUUUCUUGACUACCUUUGUAAAUGCACAGAUUCUUUCCGUUUCUUACUCCUGAGAUGCCCUGAAGCCGUGGUACGUUCAGAAGUAAGUACCGCAGUCCUCGGAGCAAUGGUAACGGUCAAGAAUGUGAUUAAAUAUGCAUAUGGUUUAGGUAAUAAUGGAGACGUUCGUGCCGAGGAUCCAAACUUACUUCAUGCGGUGGUUGCUGCCUUGAUUCGACUAUAUGAAAAUUUCCAUAACAACAUAAGAGCGUGGCCUGAAUACUUCGGUUUGCUCGCCAGCAUUGCUAACCUCGGGAACCAUGAGGCAGCAGCUCUCCUAGACUCUGGAUUUCUCAUGAAGGCUAUUGAUAUCAUCUGUGCAGAUACUACAGAUAACAAUUCUCAGUUAACACGAAUGCUUCAAUCGAUUGCAAAAAGAAACUUGGUACAAAGACCAGUCUCUUAUGAUAGCGUCAUUGAACUUCUAUCUCGACUCAUCUCAACUUGCGACCCAAUGGCUCCUGAGUUUGAUCAAGCUGAUUCUCGAUUCAAGUUAUCCUUUGGUGAUCAUGCAUUGCCAUUCUCAUGGGAUGAAAGAAACCGAAUCAAUUACCACUGGACGAGGACUAAUGCUCACAUCCUCACCGAAAAGCUUCUCAUGAUUAAUCAGAAUCAGCACGCGACGAAGUCAAUUAUCGCCACGCUGUUACACUUUCCGGUUUCAGAAACUUUUGAUCUUGACCGAUACAUGUAUUGUGCAAUCACCCAUGGCAUUAGAAGAAACAGUCAAUCAGGAUGGGGCCCAUUUUUGAGAGCCGCAAUAUUAUAUUGCGAGCAUUCAGAGAAUCCAAAAGCGAUUCAUGACAUGGCUCUUCAUGUUGCUAAAAAUGCUAACCACAUCGAGAAUAACGAUGGGUCAGAAUAUCUCCAGUUCUUCAAAGACCUCCUCAAUUUGCGAAGCAACAUGACCGACAUUUCUCAAGAGGAAAUCACAAGAAUCUGCCUCCAUUCGACUCGUCAUUGGGUCCCUGCACUUCUUACUCAUUACGAAAGCACUGUUAGGUCCGAUACUGAAGAUUUCCUUGGGGAGUGGAUCUUCAAUGUGGGUACUGAAUUGGACCCUGCAGACGAAACAGACCUAGCGAUAUUCAGGAUCCAAGAGACUCAAGCACUGGGUAACGCAUGCUUAGAAUAUCUUCACGAAGUCUAUAUUCGACAGCGGGUGCAAGCAGUUACGACAGUUCUGGUUAACAUCGAGCAUGUUACUAGUCUUUGUUUUCCUUAUUUUCAACCUGGACCAGAAGCCGACCGUUACAAACAAAACAUGGAUUAUCUUUGGAAUAACUUGAGGAGGUUCAUGGUCGAUGAAGAAGAUGAUGCUUCUCCAUGGGAUAAUUCCGAAGAUGAUUAUGCAUCUGAUGAUCCUAUGGAUCCCGUAACCGAAGUCGAGCCUAUAGAUAGUGAGUUAGAGGCACAACUCUAAUUUUGCUAUUCGAAAGACUUCUUGUGAUAAUACUACCUUCAAUUUACUUCUUUCUUCCUUCUUUUGAUUACAAGCUUGUGGAGCUUUCAAAUUCUUUAGUCUACAAUGGCGUAUCAGGUGUUAUUAAACGACGGGAUUAAACAGUGGCCGAAUGGAUCGAAUAUUGUUUGCGACAAAUUGCACAACAGGCGUUAUCUCUGGCGUACGAUUUUCGGUAUCCUGCAACUUAGCGACACCGGGAUAGGCUUUUACUACUUUUGAUGAGAUGCAACCGGUUGAAUUGGGGUUUGGGUAUGAACAAUGGGAAUUGGGAAUGGCAAUGGAUUGGGCUGGUAUGGCCUGGGUUAGAAUAAACGGAGUUGAUACAGCGGGCGGGAUAAAUCACUUAUGCGAUUUUUUAUGGGUUCUUUGUGAUUGUGGCUUCCUUUUAUCUUAUGGGUGGCAAGAUGGAGAGAUGGAUCGAUGAUUAGAUGAUGGAUGGCGUUAUGAGUCUAUCGGACAUAAAUUUUAGGACAGAUAAAUUUGUGCAGAACAGAAGAUGAAGGGGAAUAUGAUACGCAAAAAGGAAUUAUCGUGAGGCGUGUGAAUAUACUCGGUUUAGCUGAGUGAUAAGGAAGGGAAGAAAAUAAGUGCUUACGGACCAAAAGAUAUUAUGCUUUGAGAAUACGAUAGAUAUCA